GCACUGGCAGGCACCGUCCUCACCCUCCUCUGCCUCCAGAUGGGCUCUGGCCCGGAGGGGGAGGAGUUGUUUCGCAGCCUGAAGCCCCUGCUCAUCAGUGUCCUGACAGACGGCACGGCCAGCCCCGCUGCCCGGCAGAGCUGUGCCAUGGCCCUGGGCAUGUGUUGCUACAUUGCCGCUGCUGACCUCGAGGACCUGGUCUCAUGCCUGUCCUGCUUGGAGGGUAUCUUCAGCCCCCCCAGCACAGGUGAGGGGGGCUUGGCACCCACCCAGCACAGCCCUCUGCACUGCAGCGCGCUCCAGUCCUGGUCCCUGCUUCUCACCAUCUGUCCGCCCUCCCACAUCAAGAGCAUCUUGGACAAUUGCUGGCUGAAGCUGUCCCUGCUGCUGUCCAGCAGCAGCGUUGUGCUGCGCAUCCUGGCCGGGGAAGCCAUCGCGCUGGUCUUCGAGCUGGCCCAGGACAUGGAGGAGGACUUGUGCCACCAAGAUACAGAGUUCCUGCGUGCCCAGCUCAAGGUCCUGGCUACUGAGAGCAACAAAUACCGAGCCAAGACCGACCGACGGAAGCAGCGCUCCAUCUUCCGGGACGUCCUGCGCUUCAUCGAGAGCGGGGAGUACCAGGAGGAGACCAUCCGAUUUGGCCUGGAGUGCAUGUACCUGGACAGCUGGACACGCCAGCGGACGUACCAAGCCUUUAAAGAGGUGCUGGGCUCCGGCAUCUGCCACCACCUCCAGAACAACGAGCUGCUACGGGAGAUCUUCGGUCUUGGGCCCCCCUUGGUGCUGGAUGCAGCUGCUCUGAAAGCCAGCAAGGUCUCCCGCUUCGAGAAGCACCUCUACAACUCGGCUGCCUUCAAAGCCCGCACAAAAGCCCGGAGCCGGGUGCGGGACAAGCGGGCAGAUGUGCUGUGA